CUAAUGACAGCCAGGAUGGAAACAAGUGUCACACGAAAGGAAAGUUCAAGGUGACACAUCAAGACCACCAUAAAGUUUAGGUGCACAAAUUUUUCUUCCAACUGACUAAACACUUUCCACCAUGAGAAGAUUCAUCACCCGUCCAAAGGAAGUUCCUUCUAAACUUAUCAGUUUUCUUAAUGGCCCAAGCACUCGGCUGGAAGCAGGUGAGGUAGUAUGUUUAUUGAGCAUUUUUACAUAACGAAAUCUCUUUCCAAAAAAAAACAUAACAAAAUCUAAGAAUUAUAGAAAUUGAUGUUCGCUUUCUAAACAAUUUCGAAAGACAUAAACCAGUUCCAUAAUUUCACAUAAAUACGAUGGAUUUGAUUUCUACUCUUUAGCAGCCUUUCCAUUAUUGCGAUAUACUCACUACUACUAGUAACUUCCAACCUGGGAAAAAGACAAGACAUUUUCUAUCAUACUCUGAACUGAAGAUAGGCUGGACGAGGCAGUGCGCUUUGAAUUCCAUGGGGCGGCAUUGAAAAAGCAAGGCAGCACUGACGAAAGCUCGUGCUUCUCGAUCCCAUGCUUGUCGUAGCCUGAUAGUAGCAGCUUAUCCUCUCGUGUCGCCAAUCGGUUGACUUUCAAAAUCACCUGCCUCAUCGCUGUGGCUGUGAGGAACAGGGGUUUCUCUAUACUAUGGCAGCAUCGCUGUCUUCACCGACGACAGCUCUAGUAUGCUUUCCCAGCCAACAAAUUCUGUGGAACUCUUCUUCCACAGCAACUCAGUCCACCGCUAUAACUUUAUUAACCUGACCAGGCCUGGCCGCGUCCGUCAAUGGUUCGCCGCCAUGGCUCUCCUCCUCUCCACACUCGCUGUGCUCCUCCUGGUGUCCCUCGCUCCUACACGUGCCGCUUCUGCAUCCACCGCCACCAUCUCCGCCGGCCAAGUGCUCGCCGCGGACGACACGCUCGUCUCCAACAACAGCAAGUUCGUGCUCGGAUUCUUCCAGGGUGAGUCCUCCGCUCGCAACAGCUCCAAGUGGUACCUCGGGAUAUGGUUCAGUGCAAUCCCCACCCGGACCACGGUCUGGGUCGCCGACGGAGCCAGUCCCAUCAUGGAUGCUGGCGCCACGCCGCAGCUCGCCAUCUCCGACAACGGCAGCCUCGCCGUCUCCAACCGAGCCACCAACUCCAUAACCUGGUCCACCCACAACACCCAGCCCCAGUCACCAACCAACAUGAACAAGACUGUCGGCGUGCUCCUCAACACUGGGAACCUCGUCCUGCAAGACACCUCUGACUCUCAACCUCGCGUGCUGUGGCAGAGCUUCGACUACCCAACCGACACGCUGCUCCCGAGCGCCAAGCUGGGCCGCGACAAGGUCACCGGCCUGAACCGCCGCCUCGUCUCCAAGAAGAGCCUGGCCGGCCCAACCCCCGGACGCUACUGCUACGAGGUCGACCCCGACACUCCCCAGAUGGUUCUCAAGCUCUGCAACUCCUCCAUCGUCUACUGGUCCACGGGGCCAUGGAACGGCAGGGCCUUCAGCGGCAUCCCGGAGCUCACAGGCGAUUCGCCCAACUUCCACCUCGCGUUCGUCGACAACAGCCGAGAGGAGUACCUCCAGUACAACGUCACGAUCGAGGUCGUGACACGCAGCAUGCUCGACGUCACCGGCCAGAACAUACACCAGGUUUGGCGGGACAGUGGCAGCGCGCAGGGGCAGGGCUGGCAGACGCUCUACGCCGCUCCCAAGUCUCCCUGCGACGUAUACGGCGUCUGUGGGCCGUUUGCGUUGUGCGACUACGAUCUUCUUCCGGUCUGCGUCUGCAUGAAGGGCUUCUCUGCGAGGUCCCUCCGGGAUUGGGAGCAAGGGGAUCGCACGGGUGGAUGUGUGAGAGACACUCCGUUGAACUGCAACUCAAGCCGCCGCGCGGCUUCAACUGACGACAAGUUCUACUCCUCCAUGGCCAGCGUUACCUUGCCUGACAAAUCGCAGAGCAUGCAAGCUGCUAGGAGUUUGGCUGAGUGUUCACAGGCUUGCCUGAAUAACUGCUCUUGCACUGCGUAUUCUUAUGGCAGUCAGGGAUGUCUUGUUUGGCAAGAUGAGUUGCUCAACGCAAAAACCAACGCUGGUACCAGAGUCUCGGCCAAUGGAGCAGGAACUCUUUAUCUUCGUCUUGCUGCAAGCGAGAUACCACGGCCAAGUACCGGAAGCAGCAAAACAGGACUGAUCGUUGGGGUCGUCCUAGGUGCAUCCGCUGCUCUUGUGCUCGUUUUCGUAGCAUUGAUCAUGUGGAGGCGCAAAACAAAGACAAGCGCUCAAGGCGGUGGGCUUGUGGCUUUCAGUUACAAAGAUCUGCGCUCUGCAUCGAAGAAUUUCUCUGAGAAAUUAGGACAAGGUGGCUUCGGCUCUGUCUUCAAGGGCCAGCUGCGUGACUCCACCAGUAUCGCGGUGAAGAGACUCGACGGCAGCUUCCAGGGAGACAAGCAGUUCAGAGCUGAAGUGAGUUCGAUUGGGAUCAUCCAACACAUCAACCUGGUUAAGCUCGUCGGCUUCUGCUGCGAUGGCGACAGCAGGUUUCUCGUCUACGAACACAUGCCAAACCGUUCUCUCGACAUCCAUCUCUUCCAAAGUGGUGGCACCUUGUUGAACUGGAGCACUCGGUACCAAAUUGCACUGGGAGUCGCCAGAGGCCUGUCCUACCUGCACGAGGGCUGCCGGGACUGCAUCAUCCACUGCGACAUCAAGCCGCAGAACAUACUCCUCGACGCCUCGUUACGCCCCAAGAUCGCGGAUUUCGGGAUGGCCAAGCUUGUGGGCAGAGAUUUCAGCAGAGUCCUGACCACGAUGAGGGGAACCUUGGGUUACCUUGCACCCGAGUGGAUCAGCGGCACCCCAAUCACAGCCAAAGUGGACGUGUACAGCUACGGCAUGGUGCUGCUGGAACUCGUCUCCGGAAGGAGGAACACGGACGAAGAGUACACAGCUAGUGACGGCAGCCAUGUUGUCUAUUUCCCUAUGCAGGCUUCCAAGAAACUCCUCGAGGGAGACGUGAUGAGCUUGUUGGAUCAGAGACUUGGCGGUGAUGCUAAUUUGAAGGAGGUUCAGAGGGUUUGUAAGGUCGCUUGCUGGUGCAUCCAGGACGAAGAGGCUCAACGGCCGACGAUGGGUCAGGUAGUGCAGAUCCUUGAGGGCGUGCUGGACCGUGAGAUGCCCCCCUUGCCCAGGUUGAUUGAAACCAUAUUUGCGAGGCCGCGCUCAGCAAACUUCUCUACAGAAACGGUUUAGGUUCUACCGGGACUCUCGAGUCCCUUGAAUAUAGUUGAUGUAGAGAUACUGUAGAUCUUUCUUUUAUGAUUUUUCUUGCAAAGUUGCUAUUACUUGUGGAAGUUUUGCUUCGACCAUGUACCGUAAGUAGUUUGCACUGGGAUUUUAUAAUCAGAGUGCUAAUCAGAGUGCUAAGGAAAAGUGAGGAUUACAUUAGGUGCAGCUAAGGAAAAGUGAGGGUUAAAUUAUGAUGCAUUUGGACCAUGCAUAUCGAUAGGCGAUUGUCGCUUUUCUUUGUAAGAAUUAGUUGGGUGGCUAGCUUAACAGAUUAUAGUCAGUCUAUAACUA